CUAGGGUGACAGUAUGUUAAAAAAAAAAAGUACAUCAAUAAUAUUAUAAAAAAAAUAAAAAUGUAAAUUUUUGGCCAAGAUUUGUGAAGAAAGAUUAUUUUAUUGCAAAAUUUUAUAAGAAAAACACUUUUUUCAACAUUUUUGGACAUUUUCAUUUAUAAAGCAAAAAAAAAAAAAUCCCAAUGGUGAAUAAAUACCACCAAAAUAAAGUUUUAUCCUUCUUAAAAAUAAUGCUAAAAAAAUUCAUAUGGGUACAGUGUUGGCAUGACCGCGUAAUUGUCAUUCAAAGUGUGAUAGCGCUGAAAGCUGAAAAUUGGCCUGGACAGGAAGGGGGUGAAAGUGUCCGGACUGGAAGU